AAAUAUGAAACUAUUACUUUUAAUUACUAUUUUAUUUUAUUGUGUAUGUAGUGUAUACAGUCAUGGAUAUACUGUUUCACCUGUAGCCCGUCAAAGAAAAUGUACAAGUAACCCAAAGAACUCAAUUUGGUGGCCAGAAGAUGGUAGUGGAAUUGUAGAUGCUCCAUGUAGAGCUGCUUAUGAACAUGUUUAUGAAAAAAACAACAAACAAUCAGAAGCUGUAAUUCAAUUUACUCAAGAAAAUGAAUAUGCAGUAAUGAUUCCAAAUUUUGAUGAAGGUUUCACUGCUUUAAAAGCUGCAGUUCCAAAUCAUAUAUGUUCAGCCCAUGCUAUAAAUCCAAAUGCAGCCUUCGGGGAUAAAUCAGGUAUGUCUAUUAAAUUUGCUUGGGAUGGAUAUGCAACUGAAGUUGACUAUGAUAGUAAAACCCAUAUGAGUACAUUGGAAAUUGAUUUUUGUGCUACAGCAAUUCACAAUCCUUCAUAUUGGGAAUUUUAUUUAACAAAGAAUAAUUUCAAUGUUGAAGAAGAUGAAGUAAGCUGGGAUAAUUUAGAUCUUGUAGCAACAUAUGGUAAUGUUCUUCCCUCCACCACAACAAGCUCCAUUUGUAUUUCCUCAAGCUCAUAUAAAAUGACUAUCAGUAUUCCAUAUAGAGAAGGAAAAUCAUCUGUUUUGGUUGUUAGAUGGCAAAGAGAUGAUCCAGCUGGUGAAUGCUUCAUUAACUGUAGUGAUAUUAUAUUUAAAAAAGGUGAAAAGAAAUCUAAAAAAUCCAAAAAAAAUUAAAAUUAAAUAAUAUUACAAAGUAUUAUCAAUAAUAUUUAUAUAAAUUUUAUUAUAUGUAAUCAAAACUCAAUAAAUAAAUAGGUUGUAAAAACAAU